AGGCUCGCCCAACGCGCAGUGUCGCAGUUCCGACGGCCGACGACAGAUAUCGUUUCGUCCCCUCCCUCCUGCCGCCGACCAAUCGGGCUGACCGUCGCGGUUGUGUAACGAAACGCUUUGUUGUACGCACACCGAACCGGGUACCGCGUAUGUACACCGCCGGGCACCAGUGUGCAUUGUCUGAUCGACUGUUCGCGGUGCGGUGUCUAGGCUCAGCUCAACUCCACAGUCAACGUGUGUUUGUGCCUCUCUUGCGUCGCGGUAAACAGUUCCCUUUUGUUUAUCGCCAAUAUUCGCGCAUUGUGUGUGUGUGCAAUAUUAUUAUGCGUUUCGGUUACCUGCGGGCUAUUCCGGCCGGCGUGCACGAGAUUAUUUCUACCGGAAUUAUUAUUAUUGGCGUCUUUGUGGUCAUGUAGGUUGUAUGUUGUAACAACUAUCGUAUAGCAUUCUGUUCCUCGUGAGUGUACUUGUGCAGCGGUCGCGUCCUCUACCCCCACCCCGUUUUGUACCGCGGCUUACAACGUUUGUCAUCAUUUGCCGUUGUUUGCCGGUCGGGACUGACGCUUGCCGUCCAAGUAUCGGCGCGUUACCGCCCUCGACGUCUUGCAACCGCCGUACAGUCAUGAUUGUUUAAGACGCGGAAUUAAGUCGCACACAAUGGACGGUACCGGUCCGGACGAAGACGGCGAAGGAACGCCUGCUAAACGCAGCGAAUGCGAAGAGCUGGCGGAAGACCUCAAGAAAUACUUGCCGUUUUUGCAAAAUAUCAUCAACAAUUACAAGGAUUUGGACAUACAAGAUUCGCAUCUCGACAAACUCCGGUCUUUGUACGAUAUGGUGGAAAAAGAAAAGUUACCCGCUACUAAACUAAAAUGUUGCCAAAAUGUAAUUGACAAUUUGUACAAUAAGUAUCGUGAACUUCAAAGUGGAGAUUUCAAGGAUAUAAAUUCACUGGUAAAAAAUAAAGCGGAGAAGAAUGACCAACCAAAGGAUGGACAAAAAAAUACUAUGCAUAUGGAUUCAAAAAUUAUGUUAAAUAGUCUUGAUGAAAAACUAGAUAAGGCUACAUUGUUUAGUACUAGUAAAGACAACACGUUUUCCAAUGAACAAGAACUUGAAUGGGUUAAUAAAGACGAUUUACUUACGAAUGCAGAUUCUAAUGUAUGUUCUGAAAGUUCAAAAGACUGCGAUUCGAAUGGUUUUUUAGAUAGUCGGUUGCGACUUAAUAAAUUCAUUGGAAUCGCUGCUAAUGCAGCUUUGGAAAAACUAGGCAACACUGAUACGACUGACAAGAUGAGUGAAUCGACUAUCAAGGAACUUGCUAAACAAGUGUUAGAUGGUUUAGUUAAGGAAAAAAAAGCUGGUAUGGAUAUAUUGAAGGGUGUCGAAUUAAAUUGUGUUGAUUUGAAUACUGUAAAGGAAGCUUUAAAAAAUGUAAACAUCAAUAAAUCAUGUAAUUUACCAAUGCAGCCGCCACCUUUACCACCGUCAAGUCUGCUGAAAUUAUCAGUAACAAAUACAUCGACUAAAUCACCAAACAGUAGUGAAAUUGUCGAAUCUCAAAAUAUAACUAUUAGUGUACAACCAGCAGCACAAUCGUGCUCUGGUAAUAUUAAUGUAUCGUCUAAUAAGCCGCUAAGUAUUCGUGAUAAAUUGACAAGUGACAUAAACAUUCUGCAUAAAAUCGGACAGCCAUCGACUGAACCAAAACAAAAAUACAUUUCAGCAUUAAAGCCUGGCACACUUCUUGAUUUAGAAAGUUCUAAAGUUGUCCGGUCAUCACUUCAUAUAGAGUCGUUAAGAGCAAUGUCUAAACCAAGUGAAUCUAAAAUCAGUAAGCAGCCGCCACCCCCAGAAGUCUCUCCUCGUGAUCCUCGGAUAAGGGCGAAAUCUCAGACGAGUUCUGAUAAAGUUGUGAUGAAAACUAGUACGAUUCCACCACUUAUCCCACCGCUUAUCCCUCCGCUCAUGCAACCUUCGUUGAUUUAUAAUAGUAAAACUAAUCCUUUAUCAGGACUGGCUAGUGGACAGACCAAUUUGACAAUGCCUCCUGGCUGUACAAAUAUGCAGAUGCCAUUUAAUCAGCAACACCCGAAAGCUUUGUACGACCCAAACUUUACUUAUCUAUCAAAUUAUAGAAAUCCAAGUCAAUCUAAUCAAUAUAGGCCAAAUAGUAAUAACCAGAACUUGGACCACACAAAAAGUUACUCUCCGGGACAAAAACAAAUGAGUAAUUUACCAAGUGAUGUUUUAAUGAGACCUCGGGAACAAGUACAUGGUUAUGAUGAUUAUAAGCCUAAUUGGAGAGAUUCCCAGUCGAAGAGAACAGAUUACGGUGCAACUAAACAUUGCCGCAGUUACAAAGAUUAUAGAGAAGCAAAAUAUGGAAAAGAAUCUUUAAAUAGAAAUUCUUCUAAAGGCUAUGAUAGAAGUAAAAGUAAAGUUCAAGAAAAAUCCGUUCACGACGGUGAGAAAGGUAAGUCUUCAUGCAGCAAUCCUUACUAUACUUUUGGAGUAAUAAAGGAUUCAUCUGGAAUUAAAAGUUUCAAAAUACCAAAACUUAAUAAACGCGUUAAAAAUGCCGAUGUCAAUAUUGGUAAUGAUACUGACAAGGAAGUAGUAGUAACAAAUGACACUGCCAGUGCAGAAGUUGUUGCUUCUAAAGAAACUAUAAAAAAUCCAAGUGACUUACCUGAAACCGAAUCUGUGCAUACUCAGAUUUGUGAUACUAAAUGUAGUAACAAUAGUGAAAAUGAAACUGAACAAGUUGCCAAAGAGAAAAAACCUGUCGAUGAUCCUGAGAAACCUAAGGAUACAUGUAAACUUAAAAAACCCAAAAAGUAUAGCAAGGAAAGAGAAUUUGAAAAAAUUGUGAAAGAAGCUGUACAAAUUUCUAAACUUGAUGUAAGAGGACCGAGAACUAGAACAAGAAGUACUUUAUUGAAAAGUGAUGACGUUAAAAUUAAAUCUGUUGAAAAAAACAGUAUGUCGAAAUCUGACAAACAAGUUAAUGAUAAAACUUCUGUUUUGACAGUAAAUAAUAAAGAGUCAGUUACUAAGUCAAACUCUGAUAGUGAUUCAACAGAUGUAGGACAAAAUGUUAUAUCAUCAACAUCAAAAGAUCUGGAUUCCACUUGUUCAGUGACAGCAUCUAACUGCCAAGUUUCCGAACAAUCGUCACAAGUUAUUUCUUCCAGUGAGAUUAAUUCCACCGGGGAACUAAUAAAUAAUCCUAACGUUAAAAACUUGCUUUUUGAUCUUAUUGCUCAAUCAAAUCCAAAACUUAUGUCGGUAAUCACUAAGCUACAAGAUGAAAGUGUUAUUGAUAAGCUCUGUAAGCUUUUGGAUAGGGACGGUAUAAUCGACAAGGAAACUCAAGAUGAACUUACUGCUUCUAAUAAAGAAUGUUUAGAUACCAAAGGUCAUAAAACUACCAAUAAAAAUGAUAAAUGUGAAAAAGAUGUUAAUCGUGAUGUAGAAGAAACCGUAAAUUCCAAUAUGGAGUGUUCCUCACAAAAUGAUAAUGAUGUAGCUAAUAAUUCAGAUGAUGAAAGUUUAAAUUGUAAUAGCGUGAAAAAUGGUUCAAGUGGAAAUUGUAGUAAGCCUGUUGAUAAAAAUAAUAUGAACAACAAGGAAAUUCAAGAUGAAGUUACUAAAAACAGUGAAGGUGGAAAAAUUAUGAAUCAUGAAAUGAAAGAAAAGAAAAAGACUCAUUUGGAUUCUGCUUCGAACGACGAUAACGAUUAUGUUAAUAGUUCAGACGAUGACAGCUUUAAAGUUAAUUGUAAAAUGAUGAAUGUCAAAAGGACUAAAAAUUGCCUAAAUGACUCGAGUGAUAAUGAUAGUGACAACGCUAGUUCAGUUCAUCCAGAACAUGACCCCAAGUCGCUUCAAAACUCGCUUGAUUUAAAUAAAUUGUCGAAAAAUGACAAAGUUUCGGAAGGAGAUAAAUCUCAGACUACUGAAUUCAGAGAAAUAAAAAUAGUUAUUCCAAAGCUCGAUGAGAAUAUGAUAAACAGUGAAAUUUUUAAUCGAGAACCUUCCAACAAAAAUAUUUCUGCAAUUAAAUGUAUAAAGAAAGUUACUAAAAAGCCACCAAUAGUAUUUGUUGGGCCAUUAAGUAAAAAAAAAGAAAUGUUGAACGCUAAACAGAACAAUGAAGAAUUAAGAUUUACCAUACCUAAGUUAAGUAAGAAAAAGAAGAAAGUAAUCAAAUCAACGCUGCCUGAAGAAAAUAAAAAUAUACCAAGUUCUACUUCAUUAAUUGAUUUACCAAAUACUUCUAACGAAACAUCUGAAACAUUGAGACCAGAUGAUUUGAAUGAGAGUACAGUAAGUUUACAAAAUGAAAAGUCGGACGAACCGGGCAGUAUAGAGGAUACUAUAAACCAAACUUCUACAAACACUCAUAAUAUAGUAGUGGACAAUAAAUGUGAUCCUAAAAAAACCAAACCGAAAAUGAGAUACCAGACCGAAUUAGAUAAACUUCAUGCACACAUUAGCGAUAUGUAUGAUGUUAAGGCUAUUAUAAAUUUGUCUAAUGAGCGCCACUGUCGGACCAAUAAACUUGUCGAUUAUACGGGUACCAAUAAUUUAGCGUCCGUAGGAAAAAAUAGGCUAGAAGAUAUGGAAAACUCUGAGUUUGACGUUGAACCAAACAAACGUGUGUCUAUUAAAGAAUCAAAAAAAAAGAAGAAAGGUAGAAAACCAGGUCCUAAAGGUAGUAUGUCUAUAAUCAACGUUGAAGUCGCUCCUACUGUUGAGAGUGCUUGUGAAGAAUUAGAUAGCCAAUUGUCUGAGGAUACAGUAAUGACCACGGACAAUGAACAUGACGACAGUCAACCUAAAAAAUACAAAACAUUUUUAACUAAAUAUAAAUUGUCGAAAAAAAUAAAGAAAAAAAAGCCAAUGUCGAAUAAGAAAAAAUAUAUAACAUCUGAAACAACAAACAAAAACAGUUCUGUUCAUGUUACUGAUCAGGAAGUUGAUUACACAGACAAAGAAUAUUACCAGGACGUUGAAAAUGUUAUGAUGAAAUGCAAAUUUUGCGAUUACUGUAGUACCGAUCAGUCUAUUGUUCAUCACUAUAAACAAAUCCACACGGAGGAGGAGGUGUUACCAUCUAGAUUACCCAAUAGUUGCGCUAAAACAUUAAUAAACGAGUCAAUCAGGGAAAAUUUAGGUUUCAUGAAUUGUGAACACGUCGAAGAAACUAAAAUACCAAUACAUGAUCAAAAUAUCGAUAACUAUUUUACAUGCGUCUUUUGUCGAACGACCUACUAUGAUAUCGUCAAGUUUUAUGAUCAUAUCACUACCCACACCGGUGAAUAUCGGUAUAAAUGUAAAGAGUGUGAUGAAGUUUACGUCGACGAAAGCAACUUGGAGGAGCAUAUUAAAAUUCAUUCGACUUAUGACAGGUCUGAUGACAUCUUUAAUCUAAUUUACCCAAAUCCUGUCCAAAGUAACACCCUCGUUGGAUACCUAUGUCCAUUUUGCAAUUUCGUUCAGUUGAAUUAUAACAACACAAUUAGACAUAUGGUUCGUCAUCAUUCUGCCGAAGAUAAAAAGCUCAAUAGUUAUUGGACUGUAAUACGUGUGAAUAUGUCGUUCAAUGAAGACAGUAGUAAUUCUUUACUCAAUAAUGAUAUAGAUUAUAGCAGUUUGGUAGGGUGUCGACCUCCUCUUCAACACAAACCAGACAAUAGUGAUUUGAGAAAUAAAAUAAAAACUAAAAGCGGAGAAGUCUGUAAUCCAAAAACAAAAAACAGGAUGUUGGAACUUAUUGCUGAAGCCAAGCAACAACUUCUCACUAACCCAAAAUCUAUAAAAAAUGAAGCGUGUGAAGAUCAAGAAGUGAUAAGUGUAUCGAGCACUUCACACGUUGAACAAUUAACAGAUAGAAGUUUGGAGAGCAAUGCCAGUGAUUCGAACUCGCAAAGUAACCCAAAAAGAGUUUGUCCCAAAUAUAUUCUGAAAAACAAUUGUACGAACUGUGCAGUUGGCGAUAUAAGCUGUGAACAGAAAGAUUCCAUUCUGCUUUACAGAUGCAUGGUUCCUACAUGCUUUAAAAAACGAUUUUCAUCAAUGUUUUUUAAUGAAUUUUCCAAACACAUUGAAACGUGUCAUCAACUAGUAAAUUGGAACGGAGUAUGCGAUAUCUGUGCAGAGACAGUAGAAACAAAUUCUAAAAGUUCACACUUGCCCAAUGCUCUGCAACAUUUGGUUUCGUGCCAUUUGAUAUUGGAUGAAGACAAACAACUCGAUAUAUCAAACAUUGAUGAUGUCGACGAUGAACAAAAUCUACUUGAUCAACAGCCAAGUACUGAAAACGUCACGACUGAUCAACAACCAAAUACUGAAAACGUCACGACUGAUCAACAGCCAAAUACUGAAAACGUCGUGACUAAUCAGCAGAAGCCAUUAGUAAAGUUGCGGGUUCGUCAUUUACCCGGCGACACUCUUUCAACGAUUUGUGAUAGUAAUGACUUAAAAAGUAACGUUGCGGAGGGACUGGAAGAACAUCUGUGUAAACAGAUCCAUUCUGUGUUUUCCUUAAAAGACAAUUUGAAGCAAGCUGUAGUUGGAAAUAUCAAUUGUGAAAUAGUGAAUAACACGUUAUUGUACAAAUGUAUGGAGAUCUCGUGUGUAAAUGAUUUUUCCACAAAAUUCUACAAAGAAUUCGCUAAGCAUAUAAAGAUAAACCAUGAAUUGUCUGCAUGGGAUGGCAUGUGCAAUAUAUGUGGCCAUGGAUUGUGGAGAAGUAUUAGUAGCCUGUACUUGGAAAAUGCCCUCGAACAUUUGGUAUCCCAUCAUUUUAUAGUUUGUAAGGACAAGCGAUAUAUUAUUACUACAAAUCAUCCAGUAGAAAAUAAUAUAAGAAGUUCAAAUAAUCAAUCGAUUACCAAUGAAGUAUUAGCUGAGCAAACUAUUACAGAAAAUAAUUCAGAUGUCAUUGACAACGAAGACUACCAACACGGAACUGAUGUUGUCGACACUAACAUAGCUAUAAAUUCCAUAGCCAAUAAUGUUUCACUAACUUCGACAUCAAGCAAUGAAAUGGAUUUCAAUACACAUCAGCCUAACAGCAUCUCAACAGAACCACCUCCUUCAAUUAAGAUAGUAAAUGUUCAGAGUUUAAAAAGGAGUUACAAAACAAAGAAACGUAAACUUCAAGCUAAUAAGUCUAAUGGUGACGAUGAUAAAUUGGGCACGUGGAUGAUGUUACCCACACGUUGUGAAAGUAUGAAUUCAGACUACAGUGUGCAUCUUGAACCAGGACAGCAAAUAAUAAAUUAUGGGGAUCCUAAUAAUGGCACAUAUUAUUUAAUAGAGACCGAUUAUAAUAAAAACUAUGAAAAACAGUUCCGUGAAUUGCCAGUUAAUGUGUUGAAAACUGAUUUAGCUUUCCAAGCUAUGAUGGUUGUGCCAACACGUUUAGGCCUAUUCAAAUGUUUUGAACGAUCGUGUUCGAAAAUUUUUAACAGUAUAGAACUUUUCAAGUUACACAUGGAGUUGCAUUAUUGUAAUUCAGAAAAAAAGAAAAAAAAACAAAUUUACAACACGGAACAGUUCAAAAAAUGUGUUUAUUGUUUUAAAACAUUUGAUGAUGCAAAUUCCUUAGCGAAUCAUAUUUCCGAGAGGUAUACUCAUUGUUUAUAUUUUUGUCAGUAUUGUUUUUAUCGUGCAUACACAGCAUCACACGUUUUGGUACAUCAGUCGAAAUUCCAUACUGAAGCCAAGCCUUCAAUACUACAACUACAACUUGACAAUCAAAGCUUAAGUUCCAAAGAAUCUGUGUUGGCUGUAGAUUACAAAAAAUUUGUAUUACCAUACGUUUGUAACGUCGGUCACUGCUUGUUUUCUUGUUAUGUGGUUGACGAUUUUAUAACACAUUCAAAUGUCGAGCACCAACGAUGUGAUAAAUUUAGUUGUUACAUAUGUGAUAAUAAUAAUGACAACGGAAACGGUUGCUUUGCUUUGCAACUAGAAAAUUUGAUUAAGCACUUUAAGCUUCACACUAUAAAUUUGUACCAAUGUAUUUUCUGUUUAUUCGGAGCGGAAAAUUUGGACUCAAUGAUAAUACACUUGGCAAUGGAACAUUUCGAGUACAACUCUUUAUGUCUAGAACGAUCUUUGAUAAAUACAGAUGGCGAUUCUUCAAGAAUCGAAAAUCUGAAAAUAUUGCGAUUAAAUAAAGACAUAGACAAUGGUAUUGUGCAAGUAGUGAGUCUCCCUGCUGAUACUAACUCAUUGCCAGAAAUUAUGCCGCACAGAACAAAAAAACGACGAAUGCAAUGUCCGGACGUCCUUGCAGCUGCAAUGAAUUCUGCUCAUAUUAACAGUAACCAUCAAUCGACUACUAAUCCGAUUGUUAUAACAGUUCCUGACCAAACUUCUAUGAUGAAUGACGAAUCGCUUAUAACGAAACCGGACGAUGAAUUUAUCAUGUUAAAUGAUAUAAAAGAAACAGCCCAAGUAAAUGCCACUUGGGCGGAAACAGACAAUGAUGAGGUUAUAGUUAUCGAAGACGACGACAACAACGAUGAUGAUGAUGAUGUUUAUAACUACAACGGUGAUGGCAAAACAAUAUCGGAAUCUGAUUCUACGAGCAUUUACGGAAGUACUGGGAGUUCUGUUAAGCAGAAGCGUUUAAGGAAAAAUUCAUACUGCGGUGUUCCUAAAAUGAAAAAAAUCAAGAUCUCUACGAAACCUCACGUGGCUUUGGACAAAUUAUACUACUGUUUACAUUGUGCAAAAGAAUUCUUAACAAGCGAUGCCUUUAAACUCCAUAUAAUUCACUGUGUAUAUUGGACUAGUAAAACCGAAAAGCUGUGUUUUUACUGUACAAGAUCUUUCAAAAAUAUCGCAUUUUUUAUCGAACACUUAAAAACGCAUGGUCCGAAUCGUUUCAAAUGUUCUAUGUGUAAUUUCUAUGUUCCAACCCAACGUAGUAUUGAAAGACAUAUGAAAGACAAACACGAAAUCAGUGAUUUUAAAAAUCUGCCAGUCAAUGCAAACUGUUCUGAUUAUGAACGAGAUGAAUUUGUGACAUACCCUAAUACAUUAAUAAACAAGAAGAACAAGUAUAACUGUAACGAAUGUUCAUUUACUGCAGUCACUCAAACCACAAUAAUUGAUCAUGUAAAAAAUGAUCAUAAUGCUAUCAAAUUCGAGAUGUUCUUGACGAGUCCACCGACAGCUAGCAGUCGCCAAAGUGAAUACCUUGUCAAAGUAACUGACCAACAAGACACUUUUCAACAACGUCGACAGCGUUCGGCUACGAAGAGAAAAUGUUCGACUGAAAAUUUAAAUAUUGCAGCCAAUAUUAGUGGAUCUGCAAACUCGACCAAGAUUUCAAAAAUUGAAACAAAAUGUUUGUAUUUUUCACCUGAAACGGUUGACGACGUUCCAAUGACGCAUAUAUUCACCGAUAACAUCAGAUGUUCAGUAUGUGGGUACAGUACCAAAGUGCGGUCAAACCUUAUAAUACAUCUCAAAAAGCACGAAAAAGGGCAAGAAAGUACAACUAAAGACAUUGUUAAUCCUGUACCGUCUGUUGGCAAGACAGAACUGAUGUUUGACAAAAUGAUAAAUUUAGCUGCCAGUUCAGUUGAAGCUAUGUCUAAUGAAAAGAUAAAGAUUGAAGAACUAUUCAAAAAAAUAGUUGAAGUACCUUCAUAUAAGAACUUAUCGUUCCAUCCACAAUUUGUAACGAAAAAUAAACGAUACAAGUGUUCAGGUCAAAACUGUCCCUUUACUGGCGUAGAUGAAGUAAUGCUUAAAAAUCAUUUAUCAGUCUUUCACCCAGAAUUGCCGUAUUAUUUAUGUCCUCAUUGUCCGGCGACACUUGAUAGAAUGGUGAAUAUAAGUGAAAUUGGAUAUCAUCUGAUGCUUCAUAGCGAGAAUUUAUAUCGUUGUUCGUAUUGUGAAUACAUGCACUACAAUUGCAACGAAAUGAAAAUACAUAUGACAAAGUUACAUUUGUUACUAGUCGACAGAAGCGAUGAAUCUAAGAUUAUUGUUUUAAGAAAAAAAAUAGCUGACGACACCAGCAACAGCCAAGGAUCAUCAACCGCUGCAGAAUGGGUGUGCAAUAUCUGUAAUGUUGGUAACAAAUUUACAGAAAAUGAAAUCAAAACUCACAUUCAUUAUGUUCACGACUUGUCAAAUAUGUUUAAAUGUCCCAAUUGUACAUUUGAAUACAACGACGAUGAUAACAAAAUAUUGGAAGAUCAUUUUAAAGCCAAACACCCUUCAGCACCGGUUAAAUGUUUUCAAGUGUACAAAAAAAUUUGCGAAGAACAGUUCAAUAACAGUGUUCCAUUAGCUACGGAAUAUGUUCAAGAGCACCAAGCGUUAGAAAGUCUUGAGUUAGCACAUAUGCCGUCUACGUGUCGUGGUAUUCCCAUUGAGUCGGUACCUUCUACAAGCAAGUCGACCAAAACCCGUGCUGUAUCUAAGAGUCCAACAAAAGCGGCUAAAAAUUCUCCAGCUCGGAGUUUUAAACAAAGAACAGCUACUGACACCUUUAACAAGAAAGAUAGCUUGGGAACAGUUAUGCCAAACGGCCAUUACCUGUGUCCCAAAUGUAACGUUUUUUCCGCUUCAACUUCUAUGGAAUUUCGGGAACAUUUGUAUAAAGAAAUCGACUACAAAACCAUAUGGAAGUGUAUGGAAUGUUUUGAGAUUUCCACAUCUCCAAAGAAAAUGGCUUGGCAUGUUAAAAAGCAUAAGAAUUUUGGGAAAUAUGAAAAAAUAGAAGAUGCUGACAAAUUUAAUUGGGUUAACGCAGUAAUCAAACAUCAGACUGCAUUAUUGGAAAAGUUACAGAACAAAGAACGAGUAAAAAUAAAAGCUGCAAAAAAUAUUACUAUUCCAACAUUAUCUGGUGCACCAAGUACAAGUAAUAACCAAGCAAAACGUGAGACAACAAUAUUAAUCACUAGUAAAGAAACUGAUUGUGAAGUUAUUACACUAGAUGAUUCAGACGAUGAAUAAUUUGGUAACCAAAGUGUCAUAUUACGAUGAUAUUAAGACUGAUUGAUGGAUUUUUUUUUUGUCAUAUUAUUAUUUCCUUAUAAUAAUAGUUAUUAUUAAUUAUUAUUUCAUUCCAGUAUUAAAAUUGUAGGUAUAACUAAUGUUUUUACUUUGAGAAAUUAAAAAUUAUUUAAUGCUAAUUUGUUUGUUGACCUAUUUUAUUUAAAAUGUAAAAAGAUAUGUUUAAAAGACUGUUUAAGCUAAUUGUUUUAGUAUUAGGUUAUUUAUUUAUUUAUUUUUUUUUAAUUGAAAUUCAUCAUCUUUGAAGUGAUAGAAAGUAUAUUUUUCUUUUGCAAACUUUCUAAUGAAUUCUACAUUAAAAUAUUUUUAAGUGCUACACAUACUAGUUGUAUUUCGAAGUAUACUAUAUUUAUCGAAACUUUAUUUUCUGUUACUGAU